CUCAUUUUCAUGGCACCAGCGCCACCUGAUCGCUAGAACUCUUCUUACUAAAUCCAAAUUUAUUUAUUUUUUUUAAUUCCCUUAUGCCAAAUCUUUUGUUCUUUUAAUACCCUUCCUUCUCUUUCAUUUUUUUUUUUACCUUUUUUUCCUUCUUUUCUCUUCUGUCAAACUAUCAACAGUUUCACUUUCUUAUUCUAAACACUUUCCAGUCUUUCUGCUCUCGAACAAGACAGUUCCAUCUGCAUACUGAACGAGCGAAUGCAAAUAAGUCUGCUGGCUUCUCUUUUGUUCAACUGGUUAAAGUGAUUUAAAGAAAAUGAGAAGUGUAUGAGACUCCAUAGAAGCAAAGUAGCUUCUUGGUUUGUUAGUCAUAAACAUUCUGGUUCAAAGAAGUGCUCUACAAACAGCUGGAGUUGACAACUGAAGAGAGAAAUUAAUUGUCUACUGAUAAUACUUUUAAUUCAAGAUAUCUCUGAACAAAUACUGUAACCUUCUACCAUUGUCUGGAUAAGUCAGAGUUAAGGGUUGAGGUGAUCAGGACUCGAAGUUGUCAUUUCUACUCCGCCUUAUGAUACACCACUAGAUGUAAUUGGUAUUUCAUAUUUGAAUGAAAAUGGAGAUCAAAGAAGCAGAAAGAGUUGUUAUAGCUAAACCAGUACCUUCAAGACCUACUUGUUCCACUUUUGGGCCUUUCUCAGAGCUCCUAGCAGGUGCCAUUAAUGCCGCACCACCUACUGUAUGCCCUGAGACUGCAGUUGUUGCCAUUAGACCAAAGACAGUAAGGUUUAAGCCCAUGGUGAAUCCUGUUCCACCAAAUCAGGCUGAGCUGUCUAGAACGGCAAUUUGUAAUUCAUCUGACAAAGCUUCAAAAUCAGAUAGUAAACCACCCACUGUGGUUUAUAAGCCACUGGCAAAGCUUGUGUCAAAGGCAACUGUUUCUCUCUUGGCUAAUAUGGGAAAUAUUAAUAACACUAGCCGUGAACAAACGCAGCAAUCAGUUGAGGCUUGUGUUCACAUUCCAAGUCAAGAUAAACAAUAUUUUAGACCCCAGGUUAACUCAAACCUUAAUAUGAUUGUGCCACCGUGUAAUGAAGCAGAUCAAACAAUUGAAUCCUCAAAGAUGGCAUCUCAGAACUUGGAGGAGGAUCCAAAGGCCUUACCAGCCAUAGCUGGGGAUCGACCUUCAUAUGAUGGCUAUAAUUGGAGGAAAUAUGGGCAAAAACAAGUUAAAGGAAGUGAGUACCCACGAAGUUAUUACAAGUGCACACACCCAAAUUGUCCCGUGAAAAAGAAGGUUGAGAGGUCUUUUGAUGGGCAAAUUGCUGAAAUUGUCUACAAGGGUGAGCACAAUCAUCCAAAGCCGCAGCCCCCUAAGCGGAGCUCAUCAGGGACACAAGGACUAGGAUUAGUAUCCGAUGGCACUGGUCAAGAUGCUCACAAUCCUUCACAGAGUAGCAAUCUGAAUGAAAAAAAUGAAGGUUCUCAAUGUAGAGUAGAAAGUCGGAAAGAAGUAGGUUUAUUGGCACAUUCGACUAAUCAAGGCAAAGCUCCUCUACCAUAUGAGCCUGUGGUGCCUGCAGUGAAUAAUGCUGGUGGUGGAGCCUCUGAUACUUCUUGUGGCCUUAGCGGGGAAUGUGAUGAAGGAAAGAAGGGAUUGGCGGAAGAGGAUGGUGAACCCAGAAAAAAGAGAAGAAAAUGUGAGAAUCAAUCUAACGAAGCUGGCAUAUCAGAGGAUGGUGUACAAGAGCCCCGCAUUGUGGUGCAAAGUUCCACAGAUUCUGAAAUUUUGAGUGAUGGCUUCCGCUGGAGAAAAUAUGGCCAGAAGGUUGUGAAGGGAAAUCCGUAUCCCAGGAGUUACUACAGAUGUACAAAUCUUAAGUGCAAUGUGCGGAAGCAUGUGGAACGAGCAUCAGAUGAUCCUAGAGCUUUCAUUACUACAUAUGAGGGAAAGCAUAAUCAUGAUAUGCCUGUCAGGAACACAAACCCAGCGGCCCCUGAAUCAGAUUCACUGGCUCCUGCUGGUAAAGAUAAGCCAUGAUUGAAUCUGUGUAAGGAAACUAUACCAAGAAGACAUUUGAUCUGGCAGAGUAAGUAGUAAAAAGUUCGAAGUUAUCGGCCCAAAUGCCUGUAACAAUUCUGAGGUCUGUCGUGGCUGAUCUGGUGCAUCAUCCAUGUAGUCCUCCUGAGUUCGUGAUUAGACUUCCAAUGAAGAAAGUAUUAUGUGGGUAAUUCAAGAUUUUGGGCAGCUCUAUAGUUCUCCUUUAACCUUUUUUCCUAUCACUGUGGCUGCGGGCCUCUGGCUUAGAGUACAGUUUUUAUUUGUUUUCCACUUCAUAUAAGAAUUAAACCUAUCUUGCCUCAUUGGAACAUAUAUAUAAAUACACUAUUAAUCUCUUCCUAUUUA